GGUGACUGGGUCUACGGAUCGGCUUCAGAGUGGCUAUAUAAGCAGCGUUUCGGGACGCCAAACAACGCAGUUGGCCGAGAGGAUUAAGACGGCUCAAACCGCUGGUGAAGAUGGCCAAGAUAGUCCUGUGGAUGUUGUUCCUGGCCCUGGGCCGUGAGAUCUACGGCGCUAGUCUGCCCUCUCCGAUUUCUGGACCGGAUUCGGAGUUGGGAACCUGCGAGCUGCAGCUCUCCAAGUACCGCAGGUUCAUCCUGCAGGCGAUCCUGAGCUUCGAGGAUGUGUGCGAUGCCUACAACGCGCGGCCGAGUGGUCAGGAUGCGGAUUCGGAGGGAUGGCUCUUCCGGCACUACGCCCCACCGCCCACCUCCCAGCGGGGCGAGAUCUGGGCCUUCUUCCGCCUCCUGAUGGCCCAGUUCGGCGACGCGGAGUUCUCCUCCAUCAUCCGAGAUGCCGUCAUCGAGAGAUGCCGCAUCAAGUCGCAGUUGCAGCGCGACGAGAAGCGCAACUCCGUGGUCCUGGGCAAGAAGCAGCGGUUCCACUCGUGGGGCGGCAAGAGGUCGCCGGAACCUCCGAUCCUGCCGGACUACUAAAACUCCCACGUCUCGUUUUCCCUUCAAAAUGUGUGAACAGCCAAAGUUGAAGUCCUCUACUUAAUAUCAGUGUCUAAAUAAACCCGAAGAUUGCAAACCGA